AUGAAAUGGAUGUUAAAGCAAUAUAUUCCUGCAUUCCCCACGAAUUAGCUCUUGAUGCCCUCAGGUUUCGUUUCCAAUGCUAUAGUUCCAAGUUAUAAAAAAAUCGUCAUAAACUCACAAUCGGAGAUCAGUACAUACAGGUGUGGAAUGUUUAUACAAGCCUUCAGAUAAACUCACGCCCAUAGAACUGAAGGUUGUCUUUUUCUCUGCUUGUGAGUUAAUGCUGAUUUCUUAAUAAAAGUAAUUUGGGACGUACUUCACUUUGUGGAUUCUCAUCGCUCUACGUGUGACAAUCAUUGUGUGUGAGAGCGAGAGGCAUCCUUCACUGGAGACCCAAUCAGAGCUUCCUAGAAGUUAUUGUGUUAUGCCAAUAAUACAACUGGUGAUUGAAUACUGAUGGCAUUCAUCCAUUUGGGAUCUGGGUUUUGUCCCUCGAGUUCUGUCAGACUUACAUUUUUGAGGUUUGCAUCUCUGAUGCCUUGGAAGAAGGUGUUUUUUGUGGCACUCCUGUUUUUUCCUUGUUUGGGUAUGUUUUGGUACUUCAUCACAAACUAUCAGACUGACAUGUGCUUUUUUUGCUUCCAUAUAUCAGAAAAACGUUUUUCAAUUAAAACUGACUAUAAAAGGAAACACUUCAUGACGGUGCCUGAAUCAAACUGCAAUCAAAACCCUCCAUUUCUGGUGCUCCUGGUGACUACAACAUACGGCCAGAUAGAGGCGCGAAUGGCAAUCCGCAAAACGUGGGGGAAAGAGCAACUCAUCCAGGGAAAGCGAGUGGUGACCUUCUUUCUUCUUGGCACAAGCCCCAGUAAACUCGACAGUUUAUCCGAAGAGUUGAACACCUACAAAGACAUCAUUCAAAAAGAUUUUGUAGACACGUAUUACAACUUGACCAUAAAAACUUUAAUGGGUUUAGACUGGAUUGUGAAUCAUUGCCCUCAGACCCACUACGUCAUGAAAACAGAUACAGACAUGUUUGUCAAUACGUAUUACCUUGUUAAACUUCUCCUGCAUAAAAAUAUGACUUCAAAUCUUUUCACAGGGGAACUAUUGCCAGACAACGGCCCUGUACGUAAUAUCUUUCACAAGUGGUACAUAAGUAAAAAGGAAUAUGAUGGUGAGAAAUUCCCCCCCUUUUGUGCAGGUCCAGGCUACGUACUCUCUGUAGAUGUUGCCCAAAGGAUUUUAAACAUCUCAUCCUCUAUACCAUUUUUUAAACUUGAGGAUGUGUACAUAGGAAUGUGUCUGGAGAAGUUAAAGAUCUCAUUUCAGGAGUUACACACUAAGCCUAUAUUUUUUUCUACUAAGCCAUCAUUCUCUGUGUGCGCUUAUCGGAACCUUGUGACAUCUCAUCAAAUCAAGCCACAGGAAAUAGUCCUUUACUGGGAGGCCUUACACAAUGCACAAGAUGAACAAUGCUGAGGAACCUACAAAGAUGUUUACAGCUAUUCCAUACUUGAAAUGUUUUCCCGGGAAACUGAGAAAUCUUUC